AUGCUGGCUUUGGAGACGGCGGGGUCGUUAUUCACUGGCUGGAUACGAUCAUGCUUGACAUGUCUACCGGGUGAGGAUGGCUGUCAACCUAGACAAUCCGGGAACGGUAUUGAACGGGAAAUGAAAGCAUGCCACACUCAACCACACCUUGUCCCACCCAUGAAGCUGGUGGUAUACGAUGACCUCCCCAGUCCAAGUAUCCAUCAACAUCGGAACUCACUGUCAUCAUGGUUCAACGACAGUCGGAACUUGGCCUCGCGAGCCUCUAACCGGGCAAGCAUGACUUUGAAUCGAUCUUCAACCACCCCAUUGAAGAUUGGCGCACCUUCGGACUUUCGCAGAGUGCAAUCCUUCCAUGAUCACCCGUCUCAGUCCAUUCACUCUCCUCCACCACCAACCUAUCAACCAUUGGACCUCCGCAUUCAUCGAUCAGGCAAUCGAUUAUCAGACCUGCCUUCAUUUGAAGAUUUCCAGCUCAACGAGAGUACCCAGCGCAAGACGCUACCAGUGCCUCCUCGUGCCCUGACGACUUCAACCGGCAUUCGAGAUCGAUAUUGCCAAAAGGCAUUUGUAGUCUCUCGCAAGCCAGUCGGGUCCCAGAAACGACGAUCACUUGGAAACUUGGAAUCGUCGCUUGUAAAAGAACCUGUUCGCAUCGCUAGUACUCUGGUCCCGCAUUUCUCCACGCUCACUUCCACCGACACCCCUCUUUCAGAAACUCAGGCAGCAUCCCCAGUCCAUGGUAGGUCAAAGUCGGAAGGGAAUCAGCUUACGCUGAACACCCCAUGGCCAAACGACCCAAACACAAGUCAGCCCUGGGAAAAAGCACCUCGAACUCCACCUGCAUCCAAGAGUUUGUAUACAGAAUCGCCUAAUACAUCUCCAUCCAACCACUCGGCGAUGUCCAAGGAUAGUCCUUCGUCAGCCAGCUCACGCACGAUGCGAUCACAAAUCUCAUCUCUACGCCGUCCCUCCAUUCCACUGCCCGAUAACCGAGACACAUUCGAUUCAGUCCGCUCUUCUAUCUCCAAUCGUGUAAAUCAAUGGAUGUUCCCUACACCCAUCAAGCCCUCUACACCCCCGAAACAAGCGUAUCUUCCCGACGACAACGGGUUCAAUUGGGAACGAACUCGCACGCUGAGUGGCACCACAGUCGCAUCGACUACCACGACCAUCACUGGCGGCGCAAGAGUACGGAACAAUAGCUCCAUUUCUAGUGUCUUCUCUAGCGCUAUCACCCCCCGCACCUCAUUCCAGGUCUCCUCGUCUGCUGCUGAAAAGGACGUUGACUCUGCCGUCUGCUACCCGACCAUCUUUGAGGGCCAACAGCAGCACCAUAAGUUCUCUUCGUAUCACGACAAUGGACAUAUGCGGUACCAGGAGUCCGGUAUUGGGUUGGCGUUUUGA